UUGUGGAGUGUUUCCAUGCCUCAUAGAACAUUCGAUUCCAAAAUCUACAGAAUACCAUUAGAGAAGAAUAAUGAAAUUCACAAUACUAAUAUUGGUUUCUAUAAUAACGAAUCGAAAAGUUUUAUCCCAAACGGUAUAUGGAGCAGAAUGCAGUUCUCCCAUUAAAUGUGUUAACUCUACUACGUUCUCCUUCUGUACUGUUAUUGACGGUGAAGAAAAGUUGGUUGGCUUUCAACAUUGCUUGGAGGGCCAGAGAUGCUCAGAAGCUAGUAACUUCCAACCGUGCAUCUAUGAUUCAACUCCAAUCGAUACUGUGAGUAGCACUAGUACUACAAAAACUACCACAAAUGCCCCUAGAACAACAGCAUCACAACCAAACUGCGAGCAAAAGGGACCUGGAAUUUUCCCAGCACCGAAAUGUAAUCAAUAUUAUAAGUGCUCGAAAACGCUUUGGUGGUGCGAUUGCAAGCUGAAAACGUGUCAAAAAAUGACAGCUUUCAACGAAGCAGCGAAAAAAUGUGUUGCUUCCAAUCAAACUAGUUGUGAGUUUGUAGUAUGACUGGAAUCAAGUGGAUCGUGAAUCUGUUAAGUUAACAAGUUCUACAAAUGCUAUGCCAUCCUGAUAAAGAUAACCAGCAGAAAUGUAUUUAAAAAAAAUAAAUAUCGAAUUCAAUCCAUAGACUCUUA